AUGUCCACUACGGUCCUAGAGAACAUUCCAAGUGAUUCUUUAGAUCACAAGCGAGGCGGUGCCAGAACUGGGUCAACACGCAGGCAGAGAUUCAACCAGGCAGGUAGACAGAGAUUCAACCAGGCAGAUAGACAGAGAUUCAACCAGGCAGGUAGACAGAGACUUAACCAGGCAGGUAGACAGAGACUCAACCAGGCAGGUAGACAGAGACUCAACCAGGCAGUUAGACAGAGAUUCUACCAGGCAGGUAGACAGAGACUCAACCAGGCAGGUAGACAGAGAUUCUACCAGGCAGGUAGACAGAGAUUCAACCAGGCAGGUAGACAGAGACUCAACCAGGCAGGUAGACAGAGAUUCUACCAGGCAGGUAGACAGAGACUCAACCAGGCAGGUAGACAGAGACUCAACCAGUCAGGUAGACAGAGACUCAACCAGGCAGGUAGACAGAGACUCAACCAGGCAGGUAGACACAGAUUCAACCAAGCAGGUAGACAGAGACUCAACCAGGCAGGUAGACAGAGACUCAACCAGGCAGGUAGACAGAGACUCAACCAGGCAGGUAGACAGAGAUUCAACCAGGCAGGUAGACAGAGACUCAACCAGGCAGGUAGACACAGAUUCAACCAGGCAGGUAGACAGAGACUCAACCAGGCAGGUAGACAGAGACUCAACCAGGCAGGUAGACAGAGACUCAACCAGGCAGGUAGACAUAGAUUCAACCAGGCAGGUAGACAGAGAUUCAACCAGGCAGGUAGACAGAGACUCAAACAGGCAGGUAGACAGCGAUUCAACCAGGCAGGUAGACAGAGACUCAACCAGGCAGGUAGACAGAGACUCAACCAGGCAGGUAGACAGAGACUCAACCAGGCAGGUAGACAGAGAUUCAACCAGGCAGGUAGACAGAGACUUAACCAGGCAGGUAGACAGAGACUCAACCAGGCAGGUAGACAGAGAUUCAACCAGGCAGGUAGACAGAGAUUCAACCAGGCAGGUAGACAGAGACUCAAGCAGGCAGGUAGACAGAGAUUCAACCAGGCAGGUAGACAGAGAUAG